CACUUUCUGUAUGGUUGCUGCAGUGUGUCUUUAUAGGUGUUCCUCAGACUGACGAUAUGAAGGGAAAAAUACUUCUGGUCCUUUUGUUAUUCUGGCCAGGUGUGUGCCCACUGAGUUUCCAGGAAGUAAAUGUCAAGGCAGGUGAGAUGGCGGUACUGCAGUGUCCUUCUUACAGAGGGUACAGUGAUGGAGGUGCUGAGGUGCUCUGGACCAGUGACACCGUGGAUGAAAUGAAACUCUUCAACAUGUCAACAUCAGCUGAGCAGAGGCAGAUGGGUGUGCUGGUUCAUGGAAGAAUCCUUGUCAUUCUCAGAGCUUCAGUAAACCAUCAGGGGAAUUACUCCUGCUCUUUUCGUAAUUCCAGCAGGCGUUCCUGGAUCAACCUUAGAGUAUACACAAUGGAGUCCAAGGAGUCUGGAAAAAUGAUCCAGGACUCUAAAACAUGUUACACAGAUAAGUCCUGCACUUUAUAUUGCCAUGAUGAAAAUAUUCUCUUUGAUACCUGGAAUAUCACCAGAAACAGCACUACAUGUCACAAGGAGGGCGAGCCAUCUCCAAAAGACGGUUACUUCUCAAAUUCAACAGUGGUGAUUGAUUGUAAAGCAGUUAUGUUGUCAGACACUGAUGAAUUGUUCUGGUUAAGCAGCGAUUCAUUUGUGGAGACAAAUAGCAGUCUGCCCGUUUUCUACAAUUAUACAUGGGUCAACAGCACAGAGGAAAUCAACAUGACAGCAUCUCUAGUCUUCAGACAAGUGUCAGAGGAGGAUCUGUCAAACAAUUAUACCUGUAAACUGCAAUCUGACUAUGAAACAAACUUUGUGACCAUCACUCUAAAGCAAAACGAAACCUUUAUACCACCAAUGAUCAUUUCACCAAAGAACAACCAAGAAUUUGAUGUAGAUUUAGACUCUACAGUGGUGAUUGAUUGUAAAGCAGUAACGUCUUCAGACACUGAUGAAUUGUUCUGGUUAAGCGGUGAUUCAUUUGUGGAGAAAAAUAGCAGUCUGCCCGUUUUCUACAAUUAUACAUGGAUCAACAGCACAGAGGAAAUCAACAUGACAGCAUCUCUAGUCUUCAGACAAGUGUCAGAGGAGGAUCUGUCAAACAAUUAUACCUGUAAACUGCAAUCUGACUAUGAAACAAGCUUUGUGACCAUCACCCUAAAGCAAAACGAACCGUUUAUACCGCCAGUGAUCAUUUCACCAAAGAACAACCAAGAAUUUGAUGUAGAUUUAGACUCUACAGUGGUGAUUGAUUGUAAAGCAGUAACGUCUUCGGACAUUGAUGAAUUGUUCUGGUUAAGCGGUGAUUCAUUUGUGGAGACCGAUAGCACUCUGCCCGUUUUCUACAAUUAUACAUGGGUCAGCAACACAGAGGAAAUCAACAUGACAGCAUCUCUAGUCUUCAGACAAGUGUCAGAGGAGGAUCUGUCAAACAAUUAUACCUGUAAACUGCAAUCUGACUACCAAACAAGCUUUGUGACCAUCACCCUAAAGCAGAAAGUAUUGCGCAUUUUUGGUUUGGUUAAGUCACCUCUGGAGUACAGCAGAAUUGCAUCAUACGCUGUUUUUGACGCAGAUAAGAGUGCUUUGCCGAAGGAUACCGCGAUGAUCCUGUCGUUGAUCUUCAUCACAUUUUUAUCAGGUGUCUGUCCCCAGAGUCCCAAAGAAAUACGUGUCAAGGAAGGGGAAAUUGUGGCAGAGUACUUCAACGAGUGUGAUCAUAAUGAAAUACUCUGGAGUAGUUUCACCAAGCAGGGGAUGCAUCUACACAACAACACGCCAGCAGCUGAGCACAGGCAGAUGGGGGUGAUGGUUCAACAGGGAAUCCUUGUGAUUCUCAGUGCCUCUGACAAACAUGAGGGAAACUACUCAUGCUCUCUCAAGAAUUCCAGCAGACGGUCCUGGAUAAGCCUCAAAGUAUACAAAGCGCAGUCCAGAGACUCUGAACAAAUGAACCAGAUCUCUAAAGAAUGUUACACAGAGGAGUCCUGCAAUUUGGAUUGCCCUGAAAAAAAUGUUCGUUUUAACACCCUGAAUAUCACCAGAAUCGGCAUCACAUGGCACAAGGAGGGCAGGUCAUCACCAAAAGACGGUUACUUCCCAAGUGUGAAAAAAGAGGACAGUGGCAUCUAUACCUGCACCCGCUCUUACCUGUAUGAUGGUCAAAUAUAUAACAUGACCUCUACGGUGAAACUUGAUGUCCAACCAAACAAAAUAACUAAGAAAGCAGUGAUAAUUUCACCAGAGAACAAACAGAUAUUUGAGGUAGAUUUAGGCUCAACAGUGCGGAUUGAUUGUAAAGCAGUUAUGAUGUCAGACACUGAUGAAUUGUUUUGGUUAAGUGGAGAUUCAUUUGUGAAAAAAGACACUAGUCUACCAGUUUUCUAUAAUGAGACAUGGGUCAACAGUAGAGAGGAAAUCAACAUGACAACAUCUCUAAUCUUCAGAAAAGUGUCAGAGGAGGAUCUGUCAAAAAAUUAUACUUGUAAACUGCAAUCUGACUAUGAAACAAGCUAUGUCACCAUCACUCUAAAACAAAAAGCUUCCCGUUCGUACACGUCUCUGGGUGUCUGCUUUGUCAUUAUUAUUGUGGUGAUGUUUGUGACUGUAGUUACCUAUGUGAAGUUUAAGGUUGACAUCACCCUUUUCCUAAGAGACACUCUUAAGUGGUCUGGCAGCAUUUCAGAUGGAAAAUCCUAUGAUGCCUUUUUAAUGUGUUACAAAUGCGACACGGCUGGAGGAUUAAAUCCUAGCGACAAAAGAUGGCUGGAGAGUGUUUUGGAAGAGAAAUUUGGUUACAGUCUCUGUCUUUAUGAUCGUGACAUCUUACCAGGGAAAGCAAUCGCAGACGCUGUGCUAGACUGCGUAGAGCAGAGCCGGGCGGUAGUUUUGGUUCCCGUCUCUCCAGACCCUGAUCCAGAAUCUGGCCUGCUGAGUGCGAUCCACGAAGCCCUUGUGGAGCGGCAGACUCGCUUGGUUUUCAUCACCACUGAGACAUCAAUGGCUUCAAAAUCAGAUUCCUUUCCAGAGGCUUUACAGCUUCUUAGUAAGGCUGGAAACUGCGUCACUUGGAAGGGCAUAAGCUCCAUGCCGACUUCCUCCUCCUUCUGGAAGCAGCUACGAUAUUACCUCCCUGCACCACAGCAGGCGCCAACAGUAAAGCUUUUACCACAGACAAUCCAGGAUGUUACUUCAUGAUAAAAUGUUUAGCCAAGUCAGAAUUAAUAACUUCUAUCUGUUCUUAACAUAUGAGUAAGUUUACACACAU